GUGGUUCAUUUCAGUGGCUGACUUCCAGAGAGCAAUAUGGCUGGUUCCCCAACAUGCCUCACCGUCAUCUAUAUCCUUUGGCAGCUCACAGGGUCAGCAGCCUCUGGACCUGUGAAAGAGCUCGUCGGUUCCGUUGGUGGGGCCGUGACUUUCCCCCUGGAGUCCGAAGUAAAGCAAGUUGACUCUAUUGUCUGGACUUUCAACACAACCCCUCUUGUCACCACACAGCCAGGAGGCGCUAUCAUAGUGACCCAAAAUCGUAAUAAGAAGAGAGUAGAAUUCCCAGAUGGAGGCUACUCCCUGAAGCUCAGCAAACUGAAGAAGAAUGACUCAGGGAUCUACAACGUGGAGAUAUACAGCUCAUCCCUCCAGCAUCCCUCCACUCAGAAGUAUGUGCUGCGUGUCUAUGAGCACCUGUCAAAGCCUAAAGUCACCAUGGGUCUGCAGAGCAAUGAGAAUGGCACCUGUGUGACCAAUCUGACAUGCUGCAUGGAACAUGGGGAAGAGGAUGUGAUUUAUACCUGGAAGGCCCUGGGGCAAGAAGCCAAUGAGUCCCACAAUGGGCCCAUCCUCCCCAUCUCCUGGAGAUGGGGAGAAAGUGAUAUGGCCUUCAUCUGCGUUGCCAGGAACCCUGUCAGCAGCAACUUCUCAAGCCCCAUCCUUGCCAGGAAGCUCUGUGGAGGUGCUGCUGAUGACCCAGAUUCCUCCAUGGUCCUCCUGUGUCUCCUGCUGGUGCCCCUCCUGCUCAGUCUCUUUGUACUGGGGUUAUUUCUUUGGUUUCUGAAGAGAGAGAGACAAGAAGAGUCCAUUGAAGAGAAGAAGAGAGCAGACAUUUGUCGGGAAACUCCUAACAUAUGCCCCCAUUCUGGAGAGAACACAGAGUACGACACAAUCCCUCACACUAAUAGAACGAUCCUAAAGGAAGAUCCAGCAAAUACGGUUUAUUCUACUGUGGAAAUACCAAAAAAGAUGGAAAAUCCCCACUCACUGCUCACGAUGCCAGACACACCAAGGCCAUUUGCCUAUGAGAAUGUUAUCUAGACAGCAGUGCACUCCCGUAAGUCUCUGCUAAAAAAAAAACAAUUCUCAGCCCAAAGAAAUCA